AUGAUCGUAACCGAUAGACGGACACUGUGGACGGUGGUGGUAGCACUCGUAGCAGCCGGGUUCUUCCUGCGAUCGGCCAUAUCUCUGCAUUCUUAUUCCGGCCAGAACCGGCCGCCAAUGUACGGGGACUUCGAAGCCCAGAGGCACUGGCAAGAGGUGACGGUGAACCUGCCGGUGGCCGACUGGUACCGGAACACUUCCGACAACGACCUACAGUACUGGGGGCUGGACUAUCCACCGCUUACCGCGUACCACAGCUACCUCGUGGGUUCCUGGGCGCGACUCUUUCACAAUGAAUCCUUCGUUGCACUACACGCCUCCCGUGGCAUUAGCACGCAGGACCACAAACAGUUCAUGCGAAACACAGUUUUCCUAGUCGAUGCGUUGCUGUACGUUCCAGCGAUCCUCUACGCCACGCACACCGUUCGGAAGCGAUUGGCAACCGUGAAUGGCCCGCAAAUCGAUUGGCUUGUCCCUGCGAUGGCCGUCCUCUUUCCGGGACAAAUCCUCAUCGACAACGGCCACUUCCAGUAUAACAACGUUUCGCUCGCCCUAUGCGCCCUAGCCGUGGGUGCCAUUCUGAACAAACGGACUCUUUCGGGUGCCGUUCUGUUCUGCUUGGCGCUUAACUACAAGCAGAUGGAGCUCUACCACGCGUUGCCAUUCUUCUUCUAUCUGCUGGGUAAUUGUUUCGAAGAACCACACGUACCCGGUGGUGGAUUGCGAUGGUUGUUGAGUGGUACACGCAAUCUGGUCCGACUCGGUACGAUCGUCCUGGUAACAUUCGCCAUCCUCUGGUUGCCGUGGCUAGGCUCACUCGCUUCUGUCGGCCAGCUCGUGCAUCGUAUCUUCCCCGUGGCACGUGGGGUGUUCGAGGACAAGGUAUCCAACGUGUGGUGUGUGGUGAACGUGGUCGUCAAGCUACGGAACUUCCCCAACACGACGAUGGCUGCCGUAUGUCUCGUGUGCACCCUACUGGCCGUGCUACCGAGCGGACUGCAUCUGCUCGUCCACCGAACCACCUCCCAUCGGAGCUUCCUUUACUCACUUGCCGUCACGGCACUCGGAUUCUUCCUGUUCAGCUUUCAAGUGCACGAAAAAUCCAUCCUGCUGGCGGCGCUACCGGUGACGCUGUUGCUCCCACUGGAACCGCUGGCCGCCUGGUGGUUCCUGCAACUCGCCACCUUCAGUAUGCUUCCGUUGCUGCACAAGGACGGCCUGACGCUCGGUUACAUCGGGUCAACUCUCAUCAUACUAACGCUACCACGGAUAGCUCGGGCUUUCGCACCAUCACGAAAGCUUAAACCAUCGUCCUUCUACGACGUGCUUGAUUUACGGGCGUUUGUACCCCCGGGAGUCAGCGGCCACUGGAUGGGAGCCGCUCUCGUGGGUCUCUUUUAUCUAUCCCUGCUCGGUCAGGUGGUUCUGAUGGGCGCGUUUCUCUAUCUUCCGUCCCCGGUGCAUCUGCCGUUCCUGUACCCACUUGCCAUCUCGGCGUACAGCUGCGGCCACUUCGUACUGUUUUACGUGUACUUCAACUACCGACAGUUCUGUGGCACUGGCUGUAGUUAAGCCUCUUAAUAUAAGUAACAAAAAUAAACG